UUCAAUUUGUAGUUGUGCGCGGUAAAGGUGGUUUUGCGAAGUUUGGCCUUGUCUUUACUGUGUCGGUUGGUUUCGAGAACAUAACUAGAGGCAAUCUGUCUUUCUCUUUGCUUUCAACUCUUUAUAAAGUCAUCUGUAUUUUGCUGCAUACAGUGUAAUUGCUCCGAUAAUCUUCCCAAUGAAGUCACAAACACAAAUGUAUUUUUAAAAAUAUGAAAAAGUCGGUUCUGUUUCAAGUGUUGUCAUCUGAAGGAGUAUCCCAGAAAAUACUACUUUUGAUACACGUGAUCAAAAACAGAUUUCAAAAUCUACAAACUAAUUAGGGCAAUACAUCAUGAAGUUCUCUGAAGAUUCAAGUGGGCUGCCUCAUUUAAAUUCGACCUCGAACAAAACAGUCAAGGAGUAUGAUUCCCAAAAGAUUGGCAAAAAGCAUUCCUCCGAUGGAGAUGUAUGCGACUUUGUUGUAAGUCAGAAAAAUAUUAAUGAAUCCAAAGAAAGUUCAAGUGAUAGACAGAUAACGUUCACUUCAACUGGUUCAUAUUCAAAUCACUCCAAUGUACCCAGUUCAAGCGAAUAUUCUCAGAAAGCAAGAUGGUCGCUUUUAGACUGGGACAGUUUUAUAAAUCUACCUAAAAAGCCUCGAAGUCUAUCGUUAAAAACUGAUGAUUUAUCUCGAACGUUAGCUGCAAAAACCACAGAUUCAAGAUCUCCAAUUAAAUCUAGACAAGAAAGUAAUAGUCGUGCAUCCCCUUGCUUAUCUCCCAUAAAAGCAAACGAUUUUAUUGGGAAUGUAAAGUUAGCACCUCUUCGGGUUAAUACAGAACAAGUCAAGUUACUUACUAAUGGUAGUUAUUCGUCUUCCGAAGAACAUCACAGUAAAAGUGUCCCUCCAUCGGGAGGCGAAUCAUCUGAUUUCAACAGUUUCAACCUCACCUUGUCAAGUAUCCCAGUUAAAAACCGUGCUGAGACGAGAAAACGAAGAUUGUCUCUUACCUCUGCUUCCAAUUACUCCGAAGUAUCUUCAAACCAGCUAGAUAUACACUCUCAAAGGCGAAACGAAAACCAAAUUCUCACUGGCAAUCAUGACAGUAAAAAGAGAAAAUUGUCACCUUCAGUUGGAAUUCUCAGAAAAAAAGACACUUUUACAUGCAUUACAAAGGAAAAUUUAUGCAACAGUGUGCAAUCUCCUGAUUUUGCUGUGGAUACCGGUAAUUCAAUGCAUUCUCAAAAGGCAACAUGCCACUCACCAUGUGGUGCUUGUAAUCAUGAAAAUCAUAUAUCUAAUGAAUCGAAAUUAAGAGAACUCAGCGGAAGUGAUGAGUUUCAGCAAAAUCAUUCAUUGACCAAGAAUUCAUUCGCAAUUACUCAUGUUGCAACACAACGACCGUCUUUAAGAUCGAAAAGAUCAUCUAAACUUCCAGAGGAGGAGCUUAUCUCAACUCAAAAUCGAAGUAAUUUGGCUAACAAGUCCGUUUUUCAAUGUUUGUACUGCACGCGCCCAUUCUCAGAAAAACGAUACCGACUAAAGCAUAUGAUUGCUUGUCAGUUAGCUCCAAAAAACUUAACAAAGAAAAAAUUACACGAAAUUGGUCGAAUGUAUGAGUCUUCAUCGAUUUCAUCGGGAAGUCCUAAUCUAGUUAAUAAUGUUGAUGAAGAGAUAUCAAUAAGUAAUGGAGUUAUUUGCCAAGCAAAUCAAACUCUUCAAAACGGACAUUCAGAAGAAAUAGAAAAUACUGUAAAAGAGGAUAAAAAAUCCCUUGAAAAGUCAUAUCAAAGUAAUCCAAAGGUGAACCAUGAUAUUGACUUAAAAUCCAAUCCAAUCACUCCUUUUCUGUCUACCACUACUAAUCCACUUAUUAAUUCUGAUGAUUCGUUAAGAACAGAUUGUAAUUCCUGUACUACUAAUACAUUUGAUUCUCAUUUAGUUACAAAACUUUCAGGAAAUAAUUCAUCUCCUAAUAAUAAACCAUAUGAAUCCGAUGAAGAUAUUUGGCAAAAUUACAGACCAUCUUACGGUGGGCCUUAUACAUGUUCAUUCUGCUAUCGUGUGAUCCAUAAUCGUUCAAACUUUUCUAGGCAUAUAGCCGCUUGUAAGGCUAGGAUUUCACUAAGUACGCGUAGUACCCCAAAACCAAAGCAUGCUGUACAGAGAAAUAAACGCAAAUUUCACUUUGUGUUUACGCCUACUCACAAGAUGACACCACAGUUGAAGAAUUCAAGAAAAGAAUUAUUCAGAAGUGGAAUGUUGAAUACUGAAUGUAAUAAGAUUGAUAAAAAAAUCUCUUCCCCUCUAAUAUCUCAUCAAAAUGCUGAUAAUUGUGUAACUAGUAGUGAAGUUCAAAUUCCAGCGUCGAGCCCGGAUGUUAUUCAGUCAUGCCACGAAUGUUCUCAUUGUCAUAAAGUUUUUCGGCUCCGGAAAUCACUUCAGUGGCAUAAAUGUAACCACAAGGUUGAUCACCAACAUUCAUAUGGCGAUACAGACAACAAUGAAACUGCAAUGAAUUCAGGUGAGAAAUCACUGGAUCCUCAUGGUCUUUCUACGUUAGACAAGAAUGUAACUGCCUUAGCAAAUUCAGAAGACUCACAACAUGAUUGUACAAAUGAACGUUUGGUUUCGACUGAAUGUCACCAUAACAACUCCAUUGAAGAUGAACAGAAGAAGUCGAUGUCUCCAUCGACGAGUGAACUGGAGACAUCAGGAGGAAUAACAACAACAACAAUGACGAUGACGACAACAACAACAUCGAGUGAACAAGAUGCUUCAAAUGAAAAUCUAACUGCAACUGUCUUCAAAUGUGACAUGUGUUCAUUGAGCUAUCGCCAUAGAACGUCACUUUUACGUCAUGCACGUCAAUCGAACCACAAGGUGGAUCUAAUUAGGACUCGUAAGAGAAGAGAUUAUGUGAAGAAUGAUAACUCUGGUAUGAGGAGAUCAGGGGAGUGUUUGAAUGGUGGUGGAUGCAUGGAUAAUGAGAUGGUAUCGAAUUUGACAUGGAAAGAAUGUUCAGAGUCGAUGACGUUGGAUUCUAAUGUUGUUGAGAAUGAGAAUAUUGGGGAGGUAGUUGGUGAGGUUGAUCACCAACAUUCAUAUGGCGAUACAGACAACAAUGAAACUGCAAUGAAUUCAGGUGAGAAAUCACUGGAUCCUCAUGGUCUUUCUACGUUAGACAAGAAUGUAACUGCCUUAGCAAAUUCAGAAGACUCACAACAUGAUUGUACAAAUGAACGUUUGGUUUCGACUGAAUGUCACCAUAACAACUCCAUUGAAGAUGAACAGAAGAAGUCGAUGUCUCCAUGGACGAGUGAACUGGAGACAUCAGGAGGAAUAACAACAACAACAAUGACGACGACGACAACAACAACAUCGAGUGAACAAGAUGCUUCAAAUGAAAAUCUAACUGCAACUGUCUUCAAAUGUGACAUGUGUUCAUUGAGCUAUCGCCAUAGAACGUCACUUUUACGUCAUGCACGUCAAUCGAACCACAAGGUGGAUCUAAUUAGGACUCGUAAGAGAAGAGAUUAUGUGAAGAAUGAUAACUCUGGUAUGAGGAGAUCAGGGGAGUGUUUGAAUGGUGGUGGAUGCAUGGAUAAUGAGAUGGUAUCGAAUUUGACAUGGAAAGAAUGUUCAGAGUCGAUGACGUUGGAUUCUAAUGUUGUUGAGAAUGAGAAUAUUGGGGAGGUAGUUGGUGAGGUUGAUCACCAACAUUCAUAUGGCGAUACAGACAACAAUGAAACUGCAAUGAAUUCAGGUGAGAAAUCACUGGAUCCUCAUGGUCUUUCUACGUUAGACAAGAAUGUAACUGCCUUAGCAAAUUCAGAAGACUCACAACAUGAUUGUACAAAUGAACGUUUGGUUUCGACUGAAUGUCACCAUAACAACUCCAUUGAAGAUGAACAGAAGAAGUCGAUGUCUCCAUGGACGAGUGAACUGGAGACAUCAGGAGGAAUAACAACAACAACAAUGACGACGACGACAACAACAACAUCGAGUGAACAAGAUGCUUCAAAUGAAAAUCUAACUGCAACUGUCUUCAAAUGUGACAUGUGUUCAUUGAGCUAUCGCCAUAGAACGUCACUUUUACGUCAUGCACGUCAAUCGAACCACAAGGUGGAUCUAAUUAGGACUCGUAAGAGAAGAGAUUAUGUGAAGAAUGAUAACUCUGGUAUGAGGAGAUCAGGGGAGUGUUUGAAUGGUGGUGGAUGCAUGGAUAAUGAGAUGGUAUCGAAUUUGACAUGGAAAGAAUGUUCAGAGUCGAUGACGUUGGAUUCUAAUGUUGUUGAGAAUGAGAAUAUUGGGGAGGUAGUUGGUGAGGUAUGUUACGCGGAAAAGUGUUGUUCGGCAGACGAAGUUACCACCGAUUCAUCAGAAAUUCGUCAGAAUGGUGUAUCUACUGUUGAUCUCAAUGGUGAGCUUUUCAAGUUUGAUCAUGGCAACAGUCAAUCUGAGGGUAAACUGAUACGAGAUUCAGAUUUAAAAGAUUGUCCGUCAACAGAUUCUAUUGAUGUGAAACAAAUAUCUGAAAUUCAUUCAUCAUCUAAUAAUUCAUCUAUACUACUUGGAAAGACUUGUCCUCUUGGCUUACGAAGUCGCAGACUAUCAGUACAAUCUAAUCAAAGUAUGCGGAAUACGGAAAAUUCAUCUAUUAUGCCAAAGUUAAAUAGAAGAAAAAAUAGAUCAGCUUCUCCAUAUUCAUUACGUCAUCCACGUAUCGAAGAAGAAAUAUCCAAAUGUAGUCGUCGAUCAUCGUUGUCUACACAAUCUUUAAGUGAUAAUUUAAUUGACGAUGUCAGAUCUGUCAUCUCAAAUGCAACAACUGUCCCAGCAUCUGAUUAUAGUUCAAAAACCAACGAGUCAUCAUCAUUAUUCACUUGUUCUUGGUGUAAUCGUUCUGGAUUUAAGUGUUGGCGUUACCUUCAAAUACAUCGUGCACGAUGUUCAUCUCGUCCAAAUCGAUCCAAUAAACAAAAAUCUAUUUUAUCGACAAACAAUAUUUCACAAGUUAAAACUUCUUUAAUUUGUCAACAGUGCAAUCGAGAAUUUCGAUCUGAACCUGGUUUAAAAGUUCAUCAAACUUUAAUGUCUCAUCAUAAUAAUAAAUCAUUCAUCCAUAAAAAUAAAUUAUCGAAUAAUUUAUCACAAUCUAUCGCUUGUCCAGGAUGUUCACAUAAUUCGCCACUAUUUGAAUCAACUGAAAAGUUAUUAAAACAUUUAUUAACAUUAAAAUCAACAAAUACUACUACCAAUAAUAAUAAUAAUCAUACAAAUCGUAGCCAAUAUUGGCCUACUGUAUUAUCAGUGCCUAAUUUAGGUUAUGGUUGUCAUAUAUGUGGAGUAUUACUUGCUUCAGAAUCACGUUUAGAUAAGCAUAAAAAAGCUGUUCAUGAAGUAUGGCUUUUUCAAGAACAACAAAAUAUUAGUCCAAGUAAAAAAUUACCUACUUCUACUUCAUAAAUAUAUUUAUAUUACAUGAUUGCUAUAGUUGGCUGUCUUCAUUUUCUCUUUCUUAAAGAAAAUUAUUAUUAUCUCAUCCCACAUAGUUAUCCUUUUUGUAAAUAGUCAACUAUCUGUAAAUUUGUGUAAUAACAAUAAUGUGUAUAUCAAUCCCUUCUUGAUUCUUUCUCUUUCAAAACUUUUUAUCUAUUAUUACGUAAUAAGUACAUAACGAUGAUGAUGACUAGUAAUGAGAUGUAUUCCAAUGAUCAGUCGAAUGAUAAUAGAUCAGGAGGAUAUGAAUAUUUGUAAUUAAUACUUAUAUUUAUGCAUUCAAUCAUGUAUUUUAGUGUGUACUGUUUCUAGGUUUUUUUUGUAAUUAAAAUUUUUUAUUUAACCUUAUUUUUCAAAAAUACAUAUUUUCUGUGUUAGAUAUACCACUGAAUAGGACUAUUUAUUCAAAAUAAUGAAAUGGUAUUUAAAGAAUAAAAACUCCGCAAUAUUUCCAUCUUCAUUUCGUUAACUCUUUAAUUUUUUCCAACUUUAAACUCAGUCUUCACCACUUUGCCUUUGUAUUCAUCUGCUCACUUACUUUACUUAAUUAUUUGUGACUCACUCAAUCUUAUCUCCGUAAACUUACUAUCACAUCACUAUCAUCUUUCAGAAAUAAAAAAAAUCCUCUUUUCUAUCAUAAACAAAUCAGAUGUAUGUUUGUCAGUUUAUAAGAUUAUUAUACUUUUUAACUAGUACUAUUAUUGUCAAUUAUAAUUCUACUAUGUACAGUUUAUAGUGUGAAAAUUGUUUUGUGUUUUCUUUCUCCUAGCGUUUUUCCCCUGUUCUAUUUCAAAACCACGACAAGAUUGUCACUGUGGCAAUAAAUAGCAAGAGAUGGGGGAAAAAAGGAAAAAGAAUUUCUUUUUUUUUAUUAGGAUUUUUUAAUGAGUCGUUCUUUUGUAUGAAAAUAAUAAAUUUAUUCGUUUGCUUUUUAUUAUCGGACUAAUUGUUUGUUGUUGUGGUGGUGACGGCUGUACUAUCUCUAGUGGAUAUAUUUUAAUGAAAACACUUCUAGGUUUAUGUUUUAAUUAUUCCCUCCCUCUUCAUCUCUGUUUUUUUUUAUUAAUUUAUUUAUUUUACAAUGUGUAUCAUUUUCUCUUUUUGUAUGUGUAAAACAAAAUAAAUUUUUUAAUGAUAA